AUGUCGGUAUAUUCAUUGGAUUCUUUAGAAAACGAGCCACGACCAUCUUCUUCUGAUUUAAAUAUCCAUGAAGGAAAGAAAACGAACACUGGGAUCGAGCGGCCAAACCGACAUCGCUCCCUCGAGAGCAACCGACUGUCGAUUUGCGGCGACAGUACCGACGGGCGUCUCGACCUCGAGCUCCAUGAGGAGGGCGUCCCGAACUACGGCGAUUCGCUCCCCAAGGACGACAACAGUGAGCCGAGCUUCUAUCGGCGCGUGCUGGAGUCGCAGUACCUCCUAGACAAUGCAGUCCUGCCGUGUAAGUCGGUGCAAGCCUUCCGACCCUACACCCUCAAGGACUACCAGUGUAUAAGACCGAUUACGGCGGAGCUCGACCGAUCGCUCGGACCCGACCGCGAGCGUCUCCGACCCAAAGUACGAAGGGGCAAAAAGAGCGGUAUUGAAGAUGAUGCACAACUAACUUUAAAUUUACUAAUGCAACUUGAUUUUUCACCGAUUUAUAUAAAUACUUGUACGGAUACAGAGUUAAGAUUCCUAAAAUUUUCAAUGUUAUAGGUAGGAUGUCGGCCCUGGAACCUCAGCUUGAUCAGUGUCGUUGUCCUUGGAUUGUCAAAUAUGCUUUUGACUUUUCUUCUAUUGCAAUCAGAGAACUGCAGCCAGUCCUUACGCUUGGCACAAUUCGAAUCCGACUCUGACAAAAUCGUGAUGAAAAACACUCCGGUAAACGACUUAAAGGACCUGACAAUAUCCGACAGUUCGUGUCCCUCGACCGCGCCCUAUCAAAGCAUUACUCAGGAUCAGGUGAUCGCCAUAGAUGAUUCGACUUGGUUGAAUCUAGAUAUCCGUUAUGGACGAUGGGAUUCACGUCGUUUGUACCGCAUGUUCGACUCAGUUAUAACAGGUUCUCGCUUCAUCGAGCUCUCCAAAUCGACGAAAGUUUGUCUGGCCACUCAGAGUUCUCUUGAGAAGUUGUACUCGCUUGUACAGGUGGUACACCAAUGGUUCGGCACGAUAUCCGUGGCACUAUUUGUCGCAGGUGACGAGGAAUUCGAAGUUAUGCAGAAAUAUCUUGAAUACAUGCGUCGCUGCUACGAACCUAUUCGCGAGCGAGUAACAUUUUCAUUCGCAGUGCCCAGAAAUCGAGCGCCAAAGUUGCAACCAAGAUAUUACCCCCUACCAGACUUCCUCGACUGUCAGAAACCGGAAGGCACUCUUAAUCAGAUGACGAGAACGAUAUCGAGCGAGCAGACCAAUUGGAGAAUCCGUAAUGUAUAUCCUCAGAAUCACAUGCGAAACCUCGCAAGGAAAAACUGUCAAAAUGAUUAUGUUUUUUUAACCGAUGUGGAUAUCGUACCAAGUACAAAUUUAAGUCGAGUUCUCGAGGAGUUUCUGCAAACUGACAAUUGUGACAAGUGCGCCUUCGUCAUUCCGACGUACGAGCUGGACGUGCAAGCGCGAUUUCCCCAGAACAAGAGUGAGCUCAUUCGAUUGGCAAAAAAGGGUCUCGCCAGGCCUUUCCAUCAGAAGGUCUUCAUUCAUAAUCAGUUCGCCACGAAUUUCACGCGGUGGAUGCUGGACGCGACUCCCGGCCAUAAAGCUCAGGAGAACUUAAAAACGGGAAAGGCGUACGUGAGCCAUGACGUAACCAACUUUGAAUUCCUCUACGAGCCUUUCUACGUUGCGCGCGACGUCGUUCCGCCGCAUGACGAGCGUUUUAUGGGCUAUGGUUACACCAGGAAUACCCAGGUUUACGAGAUGUACGUCGCGGGAUACAAGUUCAAGGUCCUCUCACCAACGUUUACGGUUCAUUGGGGACUUCAGACUCGUAAGAGUCGACCGGCGUGGCGCGAACGACAGAACAGCGUUAACCGCAAACACUUCGACAUCUUUAAAAAAGAAGUGUUUGCGCGCUAUACGCGAGACCCCCUGAAGAUGGUGAAGAACCCAAAUUGACAUAGGUCUCUAACAUUCCAGACGCUUAAUUAAUGAGUGUGAAA